CGUUCUUCGUCUCUGCUUGCUAGCUCGUGCCUGCCAAAGUGCCAACGAAGAACAAAGGAUCCAUCCGCGGAUCGGCGAUCGCGAUGGAGAUCGAGCAGGCGAUGCGCGGCAGCAGCGACGUCCGGCUGCGCGCCAAGUACGACGCCGCUGUCUACAUCGUCCGCCGCGCCUACGCCUUGUACCCGUUCGAGGAGCUGGCUUUCAGUUUCAACGGGGGCAAAGAUUCAACUGUGCUGCUGCAUUUGCUUCGGGCCGGCUACUACCUCCACAGAGCAAGUUCAGGUGGUGACGUGGACGACGACAGCACGGUCCUCCAGACCGUGAAGAACUGCCCCAUGCGGACCAUCUACUUCGAGGACCCCGAUGCUUUCCCCGAAAUCGACUGCUUCACGUACGAGACGGCAUCGACGUACGGCUUGCCACUGGAAAGUAUCAGGACAGGGUACAAGUCCGGACUAGAAGCCCUGCUCAAGGAGAAGCCUACCAAGGCGAUCUUACUUGGCACUAGAAACGGCGACCCCAACGCGGUUGGUCAACAAGAGUUCUCCCCUAGCUCGCCUGACUGGCCUCCUUUCAUGAGGGUGAACCCUAUCUUGGAUUGGUCCUACAGUGACGUCUGGUCUUUCCUGUUAACGUGCAAGGUCCAAUACUGCAGCCUCUAUGACCAAGGGUACACUUCUAUUGGCAGCGUACACAACACUGUUCCAAACCAGCUUCUGCGUGAUGGCCCGGGCGGGUCGUACAGGCCGGCGUAUACGCUGUCAGAUGGGAGUCUUGAGAGGGCUGGUCGAGCAAAGAAGACCGGGAAGAGAGAUGGCUCGGCUAAUGGCACGAAGAACAACGGCAAUGAAACGAAACAAUAGCCUAUCAACUCUGGUUGUUCUCAGGUUUAUUGUGAAGAAAAAGAAUUUCGUAUGAAAAAAAUGACAACUGUACAUGUGCGCGUUCGAAGGCAACUCACUAUUUUAUUUACUACUUGAUUUUAUGAUGUGGUGGGUGAGGGACCAAGUAUCGUGAACGUUUUCUUUGUGUGUGUGUGUGUUUGGGAAUAAUGGUUCCUCCACCAAAAUAUGUUCUUUUUAAGUGAAAACAACAAACACCAUAUGCUCUGGUCUGUCA